AUGUCCAAAAGAUCUCACAAGCGUAAGGGCACCAGCUCGAACAUCUACGACAUCUUCAAUACGACCAAACCCAUCCCCGCCGCGUUCUCACCUGCGAAGCGCACAGUCGAUCUUCCUGAGGGAUCAACCUCCCCAAAACGCCGUUCAAAUCCUGAAGCAGUCCUACUUGAUAGUGUCCGCGUCGCUCCACCCCGAAAUCAGGAAAGUGCCACCACCCAUCAGCGCGCCCGUGAACCGGCGGCUUCCGCCGUGCCUUCCAGUGCACACAACCCCUCCCCUUCAAGACCUCCACCUCAGAUAGAAGACGAAGACGAAGCGGAAGACGGACAACAGGAUGACAUGCACGACCGAGAAGAUCCCCUGGACGGAGGUGCAGACGCUACUGAUGGGGUGAAGAAACCGCGGAGACGGGCAGCCCCGGGAACAAACAACACCAUCGCCCCAAGCAAGCUGGGGGAAGAAUUCAUGAAAAAUUCUCCCGAGGCGUAUGAUUGUAUGCUCGAGCGAUACGCGCCUCCGUCCACCGACGAUCUGUGUUUCGGAUGCUACACAAUGUUCGGGCGGAAACGUACGCUUCCCGAGAAGCUUCGCCGUUAUCGGUGCGAAGACUGCAUCGAUCACCCAGACUUCUGUGCCGGGUGCGCGAAGAUCGUACAUACCAUGGUACCUUGGCAUCACCUCUGGAAAUGGAGCGACAAUGACCAGACAUGGAUACCUACAACCUCAACCGACAUCGGGGUGGUCAUCCGCAUCGGUCACAAGCCUUGGGAGCUCUGCGAAAAGCCUCAGGCGAAGAAGACCCCCCUGACGGUGGUGCACGAGCGAGGGAUCAUCGAAAAGGUCGACUUUCAGCACUGCGCCUGCUCAAGACAGACGAAGUCGCUAAAGUUCCUCCGCGUCGGCCUAUUCCCUGGCUCCUGGUCCGCUGAUGGUUCACCCAGAACCUUGUACACCGUCAGGGCCCUGGAGAUGUUCGACGCCCACCUGUUUCAGGCGCAAUCGAGCGUUCACGAGAUUUUUCUCAUCCUGAGGCGUCUGAGCAAUCGCGUUCUACCUUUUGAGGUUUCAGACCGGGAGCGUGAGCUGUUCCGUGCGCUGCGCGAGUACGGCUUUCUGGAGGCCUGUAUAUAUCAUGGUUACCGGCCCGGGAGUGGGAGCGUCUUCAACGCGUUAGUAACUCUGUGCGCAGCGUGCCCGCACCCAGGCAAGAACAUGCGUCUGGACUGGGAGCUGAGGGACAAACUAUACGAGUACCUCGACGACUUGGUUCUGGAGACCGACGGACACUUUAAGCACUUCUCCAGACCAAAGCCUAGAGACGACAAGGAGCAGCCUUUCACGAAGGAGAUAUCAUACCUCGGGAAUGGCAACGACCUGCAGACGCACCUGGCGAAGGUGGGCAAGACGGAAAAAGAGCCUUCCAAUUGCAACAACUUCAAGGCGACCGGGUAUACGGGACAUGUCGGGAACGUGACCGGGAUCGUCGCUGUCUUCUGUAGACACGGAGCCAUCAUCGGAGGCAGCGUGAUGAAUUUGAAUAAAGGGGAGAGCCUUGCCUCGGCUUUGCGUCCGUUUCGCGCGCUGAAGCGCGUCCGGCUUUACUAUGAUGUCGCAUGCUCCUUAGCUAUCAACCUUGACCGACGCCUCGAUGAUAUGGAGGAGUACGCGAACGAGAUACCUUCCAUCACUCCCCUCGGGAUCCCCACCGAAGCGCCUCCCAAGAUGGUUCGCCCGCGAAUUGAUCCCACCCUCGGCCAAUUCCACAUCAACGCACACAAAGACGCCUGCCACACCGUCUUCAACCCCGCGAUGAGGGAAGGUGCAGGCCACACAGGCGGCGAGGAAGGCGAACAAGACUGGGCUCUCCUGGCGCCGUUGUCGACCCGCACGAAGGAGAUGAAUCCUGCCUCACGGGAGGACACCCUGUCGCGCGCUGCGGACAACCUGAACAUAAACAAGUCGAUGAUAUUGAACGAGGCUUGGCUGACCCUGAACCCAGAUAAAUAUUUGGGAACGAUGUUGGAGAAGGCCGAGGAAACCCGGGCCGAGAUGAAAGCGUUCAUAGACUCCCUAGAAGCGAAGAUAGACAAGAGGCAUCUGACAGCGUGGCGAAAGGAGCUGAACGAAUGGUACGACAAGGUGGUUGAUGUGAAGAAUCACGACGACCUCGAGAAUCCGUUUGUGAUGAACGUCGACCCGGAUCUAUCCUUCCCAGAAGCGGCGUCCGAUUUGAGGACGCCAGCGCCCACACCGCCCAAAAACACGAAAGUGACAAAGAUCGUCGCGGCGAUCGUGGCAGCUAUCGACCUUCAUGACGCCAGAGGACUUACCAUCGCGGAGCUCGCGGGUCUUGACCCAGCCAAGAGGACCCUUCGAAAACGAGCCAUGCAGAAGGCGCAAACGGUUAUCGACAGCGCGCAAACCGUACUUUCCGACUACGAACGUGUGGUGGGAAGCCUGCUGCACGCGGCCAUCCACGACCGCGCAACGUCGGUUGACUUCGGCUCUCCGGAGGGCUGGCCGUACGCGGAGCCCAUCGAGGACCUGGAGUCAAGAGUGCACCACUGCGAUGUCGUUGAGGCUCAGGCGGUCGAAGACAUCUCAGACGUUACCGUUCGUCAAUGGGCGGAACAAGUCGCAGCGAUUCAAGUUCCGUUGCCGUCGCUCCUGCACCCCAGUCUGCGACAACACCCACAUCUCCAGCCCAUGGCGCUCAUCGAACGGCAGCUUCGGGAGGCUCAAGCGGAGCAAGCACUCGACAACGUUCGCAAGAGCAUCGUGCUUACCGCGUCUCUCAACGACCUCACCGACCCAGAGGCAUCAAAGCCGCGCGAGCGCACCUUCCGGAACCGGCACGCCAAACCUCGGGAGCACCCAGCGCCACAAGAGAUGCAUCUAGCGGUCAAGACAGCUAGGGCAGAAUACCAUCGCCUCCGCAACAUCCUCUGUCGCCUUGGGAUGAAGCAAGACGAUGAUACGUUUCGGGUUUUACAAAGUCGCGAUCUACGGCAUUUCACCGUUCUCCACUGCCAACGCAACGCAGGCGACUCGCACCACCCACCAGGAGGCUGGCUGUGGAGGACUGUCUCGUGGGCGAAGAGUUUCGACCAGAAGGACCAGAAAGCUUUCGCGAUGGCAAAGUUGAAAGUUCUCUGGUUCCGGGCGAGCACCGGUUGGGCUCGGUGGGAUGAAGAAGCGAACAUCCGCCUAGAGGAGAUGUUCAGGACACGUGAGAUGUGGGCCUACCAGAGGACAUGGUGGUCCAAAAAAGGAGAAGAAGAGGAGCUAUCAGGCAGCCUGGGCGCUGCGACGCGAAGGCUGGAAUUCGACAAACUCUGGAACGAUGCGGACGACAGGUUCCCGAAAACUAUCAACCAGACCCAGGGCCUAGGUAUGCCGCGAACUCGAGCAAAGAACAAGGCCGCGAAGUAG